CAUAACUGUAAAACGAACGGAUGCUCAGGUUUUUUCAGCUGGUACGGACUGUAAAUGGAGGGAAACCCCGAAAAAGAAAUAUGCCAGCAACGGUCAACAUGGUUUUGAGUCCAAUAAUUCCAAGGCGUUUUCUUUGUGCUCUUUCUCGUCCAAGUCCAAUGCCACCUUCUUUCAGAUUCUUUGCUACGCUUCCAUGUCCCCCAAAAUUCUCUCCUCUGGGAGCUAGACAAUCCAUGAACACGCCUCCGUUGCUUAGUUCAAGCAAUCCCAGAAGAGCUGAGUUUCUGCGUCUGGCAAGGCUUUGCCGAAGCAUCAAACAAGUGGAGCCUCUGAUGUCACUUCUAAUAGUGAAGGGUCUGAUUGAAGACGAGUCUUCCAUAGGAGAAUUCGUUUGGUCUUGUUUUUAUCUGGGUGCUCCAGAUGUAGCUGUCUCUGCAUUCCGACGAAUCAAAAAGCCCAGCGUGGUGUUGCAGAAUUUGAUGGUCAGGUGCCUUUGCAAUUGUGGACUAUACGAAGAUGUCAUGUUUCUCUAUCUGAGUUGUCGGGCUUCGGGUUUGCCGUCUGAUGAUUUCACGUUUCCUUUUGUGAUCAAGGCGUGUUCGGCUCUAAAUGCACUGCGAAUCGGAAAGGAGGUUCAUUGUGUUGUUUUGAGAACUGGUUUUGAGAAAAAUUUGGUUGUACAGACGACUUUGGUUGAUCUCUAUGCGAAAUCUGGUUGCGUGGGAACCGCACGUACGCUGAUUGAUAGAAUUCCACAUCCAGACAUAGUUUGUUGGAAUGCGUUGAUUGCGGGUUAUUCUUCAAAUGGGCUUGAUGAGGACGCCUUUGAGGUUUUCAGGCAGAUUCUUAUGAUGGGUUUGAAGCCCAAUGUGAGCACUUUUGCCAGCAUAAUUCCUGUCUGCGCUCGUUUGGGAUGUUUGGAUAUUGGAAAAUGUCUUCAUGGCUUCGCUGCCAAGUCUGGAUAUUUUUCAAAUGAUUUUUUGGUUCCUGCUUUAAUUUCAAUGUAUGCUGGUGAUGUCAAUUUAUCUAGUGCGAGGAGUUUGUUUGAUUCGUUACUUGAAAAGAAUGUUACCGUUUGGAACGCUAUGAUCUCUGCAUAUACACAGAGGCAAAACACUUUUGAAGCCUUUAAGGUGUUCCAGCAAAUGAUCCGUGCUGGGUUGCAGCCUAAUUUGGUCACUUUUGUGUCCCUUAUUCCAUCAUGUGAGAAUGCCAAUAGCCUUUGUGUUGGUGAAUCCCUUCAUGCAUGUGUUAUAAAGCAUGGGUCAGAAGAUCAGCUUCCCGUGUUAACUUCCCUUGUAUCAAUGUAUUCUAAGCUUGGAGAUGUCAAUUCAGCUAUCUUUCUUUUUUACCAGAUGCCCCAAAAAAACCUCCUCUUAUGGAAUUCAAUGGUUUCUGGACAUGUGUAUAAUGGCCAAUGGGAUGCAAGUUUGGUCACAUUUCGUGAAAUGCAGUUUGCAGGAUGCAAUCCUGAUGCAGUCUCCAUUGUUAAUAUCCUUUCUGCCUGCUCCAAGCUAGAGGCUGUUUUGCUAGGCCAGUCUGCCCAUGCAGUUAGUGUUAGAAAGGGUAUUGACUCAAACCUUAAUGUGACAAAUGCACUCUUGGCCUUUUACUCUGAUUGUCAUCAGCUCUCCUCUUCCUUUCAGUUGUUUAAUUCAAUGGCUGGAAGAAAUGCUGUAUCAUGGAAUGCUUUGAUAUCUGGGUGUGUAAGCAAUGGUGAUGGGGAAAAGGCGGCUGUCCUUUUUCACCGGAUGCAGAAAGAGGGCACGGAGUUGGAUUUGGUUACCCUGAUUAGUAUUCUCCCCAUUUUCUGCAAGAGCAAAAAUCUAGUGCAAGGAAGGGCUUUACAUGGUUUUGCUAUGAAAACUGGUUUUGACUCCGACGUUUCUUUAGUCAAUGCACUUAUUAGCAUGUAUUGUUACUGUGGAGAUCUUGAAACUGGGAGGUCACUCUUUGAAACCAUGCCUCAAAGAAGUGUUGUCUCUUGGAAUGCUCUAAUAACUGGCUUUCGACGAUGUUACAACUUACAGCAUGAGGCUUUGAUCUUAUUUAGUCGAAUGGUAAAAGAGGGUCAGAGGCCAAAUUCUGUAACCUUGCUAAAUAUAUUGCCUCUAUGCUGCAACCAGUUGCAGGGUAAGUCUAUACAUGCUUUUGCAGUGAGAACAGGAGUUGCAAAAGAAACCCCUCUUGUUUCAUCUCUUAUAUUCAUGUAUGCCAGAAUUGAAAUUUUAAAUUCAUGUCUAUUGCUGUUUCAAAUGGGAAAUAGGGGGGAUAUUUCUCUGUGGAAUGCUAUUAUGUCUGUGCACGUCCAAUCAAAAAAUGCCAAAAAGGCAGUCGCUUUCUUCUGUGAUUUGCUUCAACUGGGACUGCAGCCUGACAAAAUCACAGUCCUGAGUUUAAUUUCGUCGUGUGUUCAGUUAAAUAGCAUAAAUCUCACCCACUCUGUACUGAGUUACCUGAUACGCAAGGGCUUUGACAAAGACAUGGCCAUCUGUAAUGCCCUAAUAGAUUUGUAUGCAAGAGGUGGACACAUUUUAAAUGCAAAGAAACUGUUUGACGGGUUGGUUGAAAAGGAUGCUAUAUCUUUCAGUGUGAUGAUCAACGGGUAUGGGUUGCAUGGGGAUGCUGAAGCUGCCCUUGACCUUUUGUCUCAGAUGGAAGUUUCAGGGAUGAGACCUGGUGAUGUUAUUUAUUUGAAUGUUUUAUCAGCUUGCAGCCAUUCUGGCUUAGUUGAGAAAGGACGCGCGGUGUUCAACUCUAUGGUAGAACUAGGAAUAUCGCCAAAAAUGGAGCACUAUGCUUGCGUGGUUGACCUUCUCGGGAGAAUAGGUCACUUGAAUGAGGCUUAUGACAUUGUUAAGGGACUGGCUUGUAAACCUUCUGUAAGUAUGCUUCAGUCCUUGUUGGGUGGUUGCAGAAUCCAUGGCAAUGUUGAACUCGGAGAGAGAAUUGGUGAGAUGCUCUUUGAAAUAGACCCAGAAAAUUCUAGAUCAUAUGUAAUGCUUUACAAUAUCUAUGCUGCAGCUGGAAGGUGGACAGAUGCUGAUAAACUGAGGGCUGAUAUGGAACGAAGACAGUUGAGAAAAAUACCUGGAUUCAGUCUUCUUGUGGAAAAUGAACUUCAAGAGGAGGCAUUGUCUUGAAGCAUUGUGGACGGAACAAAUUAAAUUGAUUCAUGGACAACAUCGCCAAGUGAUAUUGUGCAUUUUCAAGGGAAAAUCAAUGAAGUUGACUAUCUGGCCAGAGAACCAAGAAGGACAGGGUAUCAAGCAAAUUGAACCAGAUUUGCCUGUGUUUAUCAUCUCCUGAUUUGUCCAGGGCCCAAAAACCUGGAGACACAUUCUUUUGACUCCUGGUUACCUGUCAGAUUGAGUCAUCAAAUGGAAACACUCGUAUAAGUGACAUGGUGGACAUGUUUUUGCCAAGCUAGAAGAGGUCAAUAUCGGGGAAUGAGGGAUUCAAUUUAGCUAGUUGGAUGUAGAAAUUCAAUUUAGCUAGGGAAUGAGGGAUUCAAUUUAGCUAGGGAAUGGGAAAUUCUGUUGGGAGAAAUCGGAUGAUGAAAACAACAAAGAAGCUGCUACAGUUACGAUGGACUGAAGUUGAGGAAAAGAGAAGAAUGUGUUUCUUCGUUCACACUAGGUGGUCGCAUACUGGAGGGAGCCGGGCUUGGCGAUUUGACAUGUUCGACAUACAGUCAGCUCAGCAUCCGAGCAGGUCCAGCUCAAUGUUU